GCGGUGGCUCUGGUGCUUUAUUGCGGCCGCGAGCUUCGCUGUUUCCUCCUGAAAGAGAUAGAGAGAGGAAGAGAGCGGACAGCGCACUACAUCAGCAUGGCAGCCAACACGUACGACGUGAUAGUGAUUGGGGGCGGCAUUUCAGGUUUAAGUGCAGCUAAGCUGUUGGUUGAGUGUGGUUUAAACCCUGUGGUGUUGGAAGCCAGAGACCGUGUUGGUGGAAGAACUUUCACUGUUCAGAAUAAACAUGCCAAAUGGGUGGAUUUGGGUGGAGCAUACAUCGGGCCCACUCAAAAUCGGAUUCUGCGUCUGGCCAAGGAGUACGGGGUUCAGACUUACAAAGUCAACGAAGAAGAAUCCCUAAUUCACUAUGUGAAGGGGAAGUCUUAUCCAUUCAGGGGGCCUUUUCCCCCAAUGUGGAACCCUUUAGCUCUGAUGGACUACAACAACCUCUGGAGGACUAUGGACAAGAUGGGUAUGGAGAUCCCAAGAGAAGCUCCAUGGAGGGCCCCACAUGCUGAAGAGUGGGAUAACAUGACCAUGAAAGAGCUCUUGGACAAGGUUUGCUGGACAAGCACUGCCCGCCGCUUUGCCACGCUGUUUGUUAAUGUGAACGUGACUUCAGAACCUCAUGAGGUUUCCGCUCUCUGGUUUCUCUGGUAUGUCAAGCAGUGCGGAGGCACCAUGAGAAUCUUCUCCACCUCUAAUGGAGGCCAGGAGCGCAAGUUUCAAGGAGGAGCAAAUCAGAUCAGUGAGUGCAUGGCCAAAGAGCUAGGAGACAGAGUCAAACUUCAGAGUGCUGUCUGCAGCAUCGACCAGAGUGGAGAGAUGGUGGAAGUCAAGACCAUCAACGAGGAGACAUAUAAGGCAAAAUACGUUAUUGUUGCCAUACCACCAGGGUUGAAUUCGAAGAUCCACUUUAACCCUGAACUUCCUCCACUGAGGAAUCAACUUAUCCACAGAGUACCCAUGGGCUCAGUCAUCAAGUGCAUGGUCUACUACAAGGACACCUUCUGGAGGAAGAAGGGCUACUGUGGAACUAUGGUGAUCGAAGAAGAGGAGGCGCCUAUUGGCCUGACUCUGGAUGACACUAAGCCUGAUGGAACAGUGCCAGCCAUCAUGGGUUUCAUCCUUGCACGCAAAAGCAGGAGGCUGGCUGGACUCACCAAGGAAGAAAGAAAGAAGAGGAUCUGUGAGAUCUAUGCACGUGUCCUAGGCUCUGAUGAAGCUUUGCAUCCUGUGCACUAUGAGGAAAAGAACUGGUGUGAGGAUGAAUACUCUGGUGGUUGCUAUACAGCCAGCAUCCCCCCUGGAGUCCUCACUCAAUAUGGAAAAGUCCUGAGGGAGCCUGUGGGCAGACUUUACUUCGCAGGCACUGAAACAGCUACAGAGUGGAGUGGCUAUAUGGAAGGGGCUGUGCAGGCCGGAGAGAGAGCAUCCAGAGAGAUUUUGUUUGCAAUGGGAAGACUGCAUCCAAGUCAAAUCUGGCAAACAGAGCCUGAGUCGUUGGAUGUCCCUGGUUUGCCGUUUGUCACCACUUUCUGGGAGAGAAACUUGCCGUCCGUUGGAGGAUUCAUGAAGUUCAUGGGCGUGUCCUCAUUCCUGACGAUUGCCACCGUCGUAGGUGCAGUGGCCUAUAAAAAGGGACUCCUUCCCCGAAGCUAGAGCUCCCACUUCAGUGUCACACUGACCUUGGUUAAGACUGCACUCUCCACACAGUCACUGCACCAAGGCUGUGCUACUGACUAAGCAUGAGCUCAUGUCAGGUCUAGAUUUGAUUUUUGAUUCACUUUAACACCCAAUCACAUUAUGUACAAAUUCUCAGUGCAAUGAAUAAAAUAAGAAAUCAUUACCAUUGAAAUGGGAGCUGCCCUUUUCAUAGGACACACCACAAUUAGAAGCAAGAACCAGGAAGGACGUUUGUCUGCCUGCUAACUAACUAAGGCCACAGACAACAACAUUUACAUUCCACCAUAAAGUCACUACACAUAUCCUCACGUACAAUACAGUGCGUGGGUAAUGAACCAGUCGAUUUAAUUACCUCGAAUGAUUUUAGGUGCUGUUCUAAGGAACUCCUAACCUGAACUAGCCUUUCAGACUACAUGUGACAAAGUUAAAGCAUUGGCUGAAGAGGGUUUUUUUUUUUUUUUUUAAACCCUUUUUUUUUUUUUUUUUUAAAUGAUAGUCUAUCACAAGAGACAUAACACUUUGAGAAUAUGUCCUCUCUGGCACAAGACACACACACACAAAGUGCACACAAUUUCUGUUUAGUGUGGUUUAGAUGGCUGUGGCUCCGAGUGGCCCAUAAGAUUUCCUCAUACUGCUGUGCAUGAUUGUAGCAUUACUGUCAAUUCUGAGACAUUUUUAAGGUAUUUGAAUGUAUUCUUUUCUGCUAACAUAUUGUAUAUGAUUUUCAACUUAAUUCACACAUGUGUACUUGAUGUAUACAUCGAUUUUAUGUACCCCCCCAGGGAAAUGUUACACUUGUGUAUGGUGAUUUCCAUACACACUUGUAACCUUUCACCAUAUUUCUCCAUACACAUUAUGUAUCAUUUAUUCAUCAUAUCUAUCUACAGUAAGCCCUUUGCAGAAGGUUUAUUAUUUUAAUAGGAGAUUUGAUGCGAGAUCGUCUCUGCCCUUCAUAUUUAUGGUUGCACAUUAUAGCAUGUGAGAGUAUAACAUGAAUCUCUGUUUUGUCAGUAGAGCUUGAACAGUUUGAUUCUGAGACUUUAGAUAUGUUUUAAUAUUUCACUGCUAAAGUAAAAAAACAUGAUCAACUAAAAGAAUUUUAAAUUUCUUAAUGUGGUAUAAAUAUGACUAAAUGAUUGAUUGUAAUGCAUCCAUAAGAAGGACACAAGAAACAGGAUAAUAAUAAUAAUGAUGAUGAUAAUAAUUAAGGUGUGUGUGUGUGUGUGUGUGUGUGUGUGUGUGUGUGUGUGUGUAAAAACCCGGUGUUUGUGGAAUGUGUCAUUGUUGCAAAGGUAUGUUGUUUUGUCUGUGGUGCCUUAAAAAUCUAGCCGUGUUUUUUCAUUUCUCAAGUGCCUCUGUGAUUGUGUGUGUGGCAAACAGCUCCUGGGACAGUCACUGGCUAUGUUAGUGAGUAGAUUCUUCAUAUUAAUUACUUCCUUCUUCAGAGUGUUUCUUUAUGCAGCACAUAGAUGGUAUAGUGUCGCAUUCUUUUUUUUAUUUUAUUUUUUUUAGACUCCUUAGAUUUCAAGCAGCAAGUGAGAUAUUACAGACAACGGCAUCAUCAUGUCUUAUUAGCGUAGUCAUACUCGUGCUGAUGAGUAGUGACUGUAAUGAUCUUACAUGUUUUUGACCAGCACAAUGUUACUCACCCCUAAAGAAGCCCCCAAUGAACCAGAUGCUUAGCGAAGUGCUAACUACAGCAUUCUGUUAGAGUUAACCAGGGGAAGUUCCCAUCACAUACAGUACUUUUUUUCUGGUGGACGAUGAACCGUAACGGUGCAAUGAAUCUGUGAGUGAUGUCCUCAUGUCACGUUGUGGUUGAUGUAACCUCUUUUCCUGGUGAUUCAUAUCUCUGUGCUCUAAUCGCUUUGCUAAACCAUGGUGCAGUGUCUGUAGUCAGUGUCCGCGGCUGUUUACACUAGUCUCCUGUGAAGACCCUUUCCUCUGUCAAGUCAUGUGUGUGCACAAUGUCCAAUGUUCUAGUCUUGUAAUUGUAUUACUUGAUCUCUUUGUACAAAUCCAACAACACGGAUGGUAAUAAAAAUGUGAAAUACACCUUG